CAUUUUGAGCGCCAAAUUGGCAUGUGACCGGACAGCAGUGCAACGGGACACAGCUUCGAACGAUGCCGAUUCACGUUCGCCUACUCAGCGGUCGGACGGCCUCGGUUGACUGCAACCAGAAGAACUUCGUCUACGACUUGCGCUGCACAGCUGAAAAGGAGCUGGGAGUUGGCAUUGCAUCUCUUUCAAGUCGAAGUAAAGUGCUGAGCGGAACAUCCACUCUGGCUGAAGCGGGUCUUCAAGAUGGCGAUACAGUCAAUGCACUUGUGCGGCGGCCUACGUUGACAUCGAAUAUACGAUCACCGACGUUUGUGCUGAUUGAAGCUGAUGGCAGUUUACUCGCUUGGGGGGCACAGACCGCCUGGCAACCGCCUUGCUUUCAGCAAGCCGCUUCGUCGGCUGAGGGCACGUGGGCAGCUGUGCGAGAGAUUGGAGAUGUGAUGACGUGGGGUGAACCCAACCAUUGCGACAUACGCCUGGUCCAGGAUCGUCUCAGAAAAGUGCAGGAAGUGGUGGCAACAGGCCAUGCAUUUGCUGCACUCACAGAGGAUGGUGAUGUAGUCACCUGGGGUCACAUUGUGAGUGGCGGAGAAAGCGUUUCGGUCCGAGACAAACUUCACGCAGUUCAGCAGAUUUCUUCAUCAAUGCAUGCGUUUGCUGCUGUCCGCCGGGAUGGAACAGUCGUCACGUGGGGUGAAGCUGAGUCUGGUGGUGACAGUAGCAAAGUGAAGGAUCAAUUGCAGAGAGUGAAGCAGGUCAUUGGCGCGGACACCGCUUUCACAGCUGUCCGAGUUGAUGGGACAGUGGUGACCUGGGGUGAUGACGCUGGUGGUGCAGACAGCAGCGAAGUACAGAGGGAUCUUUUCGCCGUGAAGCAGGUUGUCGCGUCGUUUUAUGCAUUUGCAGCUGUUCGAAAAGAUGGUUGUGUCGUCACAUGGGGUGAUGCAGCAGCUGGCGGCGAUAGCAGCACUGUGCAGGAUCAACUCCAUGAAGUUCGACAGGUCACAGCAUCGUCCUAUGCAUUCGCAGCUGUUCGACAGGAUGGAACUGUGGUCACCUGGGGAGACGCAGCUUGUGGUGGCGAUAGUAGUGCAGUCCGAGAUCAGUUGCAAGGUGUCAGAGAGAUUGCAGCGUCUUCCCAAGCGUUUGCUGCUAUCCGAGAUGAUGGAAGUGUUGUUACCUGGGGAAACAAGGCUUCGGGCGGAGACAGUCAACGAGUUCAGCCGCAGCUUCACUCAGUUGAGCAGAUCCAAGGCUCAAGAGGUGCCUUUGCAGCACUGCGAGAAGAUGGCGAGCUGAUCACGUGGGGUCAUGCUGCGUUUGGCGGCAGUGCACCCCCAGGUCGGAAACCGGCGGGUCGUUUGAUUGAUGCGGCCUGAGCCGUGCAACGGUUCACAGAGUGUGGUGGGUGGAAGUUGACAGUGCGAAGUUAUUCCAGUGCAAGAUGAUACUGCCAGGAAGCCUUUUGGACCUUAGCUUUGGCUUGUAGUGGAUAGUUUAGUCUUCAUUCACUUUCAUCAACACACUCAACCACUACAGCCAAAAGAACCCGGGCGAAAUGCAGACAAUGUGCCAGUGUUGUGAAAGGUUCAGGGUGUCUUGGCGCAAACACAAUUUCAAAGAGAAGGAUCAAAA